CUAUGGCGGAAUGCUAGUAUCACGGAGAAAGUUAAACACGUGGUAGUAUACAAAUCCCUCUUGAAUUUUGUUUCAAAAAAAUUACUUAAUCACGUGUUAGAAAGUUUCAUUGUAAAAAGUUUCAAACAAAAUGCCGAAAUCUAAAAGAGAUAAAACCAUAUCAUUGACAAAGACCAGUAAAAAAGGUAAAUUAUUGAAAGAACAAUUGGUAGAAAAUGUCAGAAAUUGGUGUACAAAAUACAAACACAUAUUACUAUUAUCCGUACAAAAUAUGCGCAACAAUAAAUUAAAGGAUUUAAGAAGUGAAUGGAAUGACAGUAGAUUUUUCUUUGCAAAGAACAAGGUUAUGGCAAUAGCAUUGGGUAAAACCAAAGAAAAAGAAAUACUCGAAGGUGUACAUGUUUUAUCAAACGCAUUGGUAGGCCAAUGUGGAUUAUUGUUUACUAACCGUAAAACCAAAGAGGCAUUGAAAGCAAUUAGACAAUACGAAGAAGUUGAUUAUGCACGUUCUGGUUUUGUACCAAGUGAAACUAUAGUAUUACCAGAAGGACCAUUAAGUGAAUUUCCACACAGUAUAGAACCACACUUAAGACAAUUAGGUAUGCCAACAGCAUUGGAAAAAGGAGUUGUUACAUUGAUCAAACAAUUUACAGUGUGUAAACAAGGAGAACCAUUGACACCAGAACAAGCAAGAAUUUUGAAAUUAUUGGGUAAACCAUUAGCUACGUUUAAAUUAAUUCCAUUGGGCAUUUAUUCCACUAAGAAAGGUUAUAGAAAACUUUUAUAUGAAGAUGAUGCGAAAGAAAAUGCUGUUGAAAAAAUGGAAGUUGAUGAUGAGACUGUUACUAAAUAAUUGUUAAUAUAAUUGCAUUUAGGGAAUUAUAUUUUUUAUAAUUUAAACCUUUGCACUCGAGUGGCACUGAAACGAUGCCGGGCAGCUUUAAGUGGCAACUCGAAUGGCGCUGAUACGGCGCCCAGUGACUGAUUUGAAGUCUUUUGUUACACAAUCUGCUUGUUUACGAUGAAUGAUAAGAUAGUUCUUUUAAGAUAUACUUAAAAGGGUUGAAAAGGGUCUGUAAGGUUUGCUCUAAUUGUAAUACACCUGCAGAUAGGCCGGAAGUAACAUAUUAUUGUGAUACGUGUCCAGAUAAACACCUAGGAUGUAUCUUGGAUAUUGUUUUAUAAAAUAUCAUAACACAAACUAAUUACAGAGUAUAAUAUUUCACAAAUUUUCUUGCUUUUUUGAUAUAAAAAUAAAUCAAUUGAUAAAAUUGGAUUAUUUGUAUACGUUUGUUUGUUUAUAAAUGACUUUAAAGAUGUACGUGUAAAAUGUUUCCUUAAUUUGGCUGACAUUGUUUCGAGUUGUUGAUUUAGCGCAAAU